UCAUGAUACUUCAAUCAAAAUGGAUGAUGCAUAUAAUUACUGAGUGAUCUUAGGAUGGAUGUUUCAUUUAAGUAUACAAGAUGAUUACUUUAAUACUCUCAUUGAUGAAUAUUGAGAUGUUCCUCUUGGGAGUGAGGAAUCUAAGCUGGCAUAUCGUACCUGAAGAGGGCAGCAUUGCUGGAGGAACAUGGAUCACCAUUAUUUUUGAUGGUUUGGAAUGGAGUUUCCUCUAUCCCACCAAUGGCUCUCACUUGGAGAUAAGUCUGGUAAAUGUGGAAAUUCCGCAGCUGCCACAUGUCCCAUGUGAUGUGUCUCCUGUCUAUGAAGAUUUUUCUGUGGUCAGAUGCCAAACCAGGUCUCUUCAGUGGGAGGCACAGGAAGGCACUUACUAUCUGGAAGUUCGUUCUGGUGGGCAGUUGUUGAACAAUCUGAGUCAUGGUUCAUGGGAUAACUGUACUUUCAAGUUUUCCAAGAUGCAAACACCCAUCGUUUACCAAAUUAACCCACGGGCUGGAGUACCAGGAAAUUUAAUACAAGUCUAUGGCUGGAUUAUUACUGGAAGGACUGAAACCUUUGAUAAUGAUGUUGAAUACAUUGAUAGCCCAGUCAUUCUUCAGGCCCAAGAAGGAAAAUGGAAUACACCCUGCUCUCUUGUGGACAGAGAGACUGGAAACAGGUAUCCAGUUGAGGAGAACUCUGGCCUAGGAACUUUGCAGUGUCGGGUAGAAGGCCACUAUAUUGGUUCACAGAAUGUUAGCUUCUCCAUAUUUAACAAAGGAAGGUCAACUGUACACAAGGAUGCAUGGCUGAUCAGUGCCAAGCAGGAACUUUUCUUGUUUCAGACUUACUCAGAAAUAUUAUCUGUGUUUCCAACAACUGGGAGCCUGGGUGGAGGAACAGACAUCACCAUCACAGGAGACUUCUUUGAUAGUUCUGCCCAGGUUACUGUUGCAGGUAUCCCAUGUGAAAUCAAAUACAUCUCUCCAAGGAAGAUUAAGUGUACCACUAGACCCCUGAAACAAGGUACAAAAUUCACAUCUCCUCAACCAGGCAAUCGAGGACUUCUCUUUGAAGCUGGAAAUGUUCAGGAAGGCCUAGAUCUCACCAGUACCACUCCUGGCUACAGAUGGCAGAUUGUUCCCAAUGCUAGCUCUCCAUUUGGAUUCUGGUCAGAGGAGGGGCAACAUUACAGGGCUCGGCUCAGUGGAUUCUUUGUUGUCCCAGAGACAAAUAACUAUACUUUUUGGAUCAAGGCAGAUAGCCCAGCCUCUUUGUACUUCAGUCAAUCAGAAGAUCCAGGGACCAAGGUAAAAGUAGCUUUCAUUCAGGAUGGCAUAGCUGACUGGUUUGAUUCCUGGGAGAUGAAUGGGCAUUUGGAGACCUGGCAACAGAAGUCCCCAAAGUUGGAAUUGUUGGGUGGAACAAAGUACUACCUGGAAGCUGAACACUAUGGCAUAACUCCUAGUCGUGGGAUGAGCAUUGGGGUCCAGAUUCACAACACUUGGCUGAAUCCUGAUGUGAUCAAUACCUACCAUCGAGAGAAGCUCCAGAUCCGAGCCAGUGCUCAGAGGCUCCCAGAGAUACAGAUGCUAAAAGUGACUGGCACAGGAAAAUUUUGUCUCACCUGGGAUGGUGUCUCUAGCCUGCCAGUGACUGUAAAUGCAACUGCUGCCCAGAUCCAAAGAGUGAUAGAAGAACUGCUCACAAUAAAAUGCAAAAUGGAACCACUUUCAGCUCAAAUACUUCUCCGUUUUGGAUUUGAACAAGGUCUACAAGAUUCUGGUCCUGAUGGGGACCUAAGCAGUGGGACAGAGCCCUUCUGUGGACGGUUCAGCAUCCACCAGCCUCAACAAGUUGUUAGAACAUCAGAAACCAUGCAGAUGAGAUACCAACUUGGUCAAUAUACACAUGUAAGUCAUAGUGCAAUAUCUAUUUCAGGCCACUUGAAUGAUACCAUGAUCAUCUCAGUAUCCUUCAAAAAUAAAUUUCAUAAGAUUGUAAAGAAGAAGAUUGCUUGUCGAUGGAGUACAGAACAGCUGAGGACUGAAAGCUGGAAGUUUGUUUGUAAAGACCUCUGGGAAACAUGUGUGCAUCACUCUGAAGGCCUCCAUGACCGUCUGGACAACUCUCCUGUGCUGGUGCAUCAAAUUGAUGUGUUUCCCCAAGUACAUGAGAAGAGCCAAUUCUACAUAGAUGAAAUUAUUGUUGCAGAUAGAAAACUAACAGUUUCCCAAGUCAAUUCCAGGACAGCUCGCCCAGGGGGGAAACUCAUUGAAACUGUUUCUGUGACUGGAAUACCACCAACCUACAACAUAACCCUAUGGCUGGCAGGAUGUGGCAGUGAACUUCCUCUCAUUCAGCCUUGCUACUUAGCACCAGAAGAAGCCAACGAAGACCCAAGAAGCAUCAGUGUGACAGUCCAGAGACUCCAAAGUAUCAGUCCACCUUUAAGAGGACAUUUUCAGAUCCAACUUCCUAAGACAGUGAUACCUGGCAUCCCCAUACACAUUUCUGCUCAUGACCUUCGUGAACUCCUUCAGGGCAGCAAUGAUGAUUUCGCAGCUCAAUUCUUCAGUGUCAGUGACUUUAAGGUGCAGAAAGAUUUAAACACCUGCUAUGAACACGUGUGGACCCUCACCUGGAUGUCCCAAACAGGAGAUUUGCCCAAUAUCAUCAGUGUCUCUGCAGAAAACCUAACUGGUGUGAAUCCAACUGUGAACAGUCAGGUAGUUUAUGAUGGUGGUGUUUUUCUUGGACCCAUAUUUGGAGAUAUGUUGGUUACUCCCAAUACAUAUCCUCAGGUAACAGUGAAAGUCAAUGACAUACCUGCUCACUGUCUGGGUUCCUGCUCUUUCCAAUACCAUCAAGAAGCAACCCCCUUACUUCAAGCUGCCUGGUACUCUUAUGGUGAUAACAGUAACCUGCUUGUCUAUAUUAUUGGAUCUGGUUUUCCUGGAGACUCUAAAGCUUUGAAGAUUGAGGUGAAUCAACAGAUCUGUGAAAUCAUGUUCUCAAACCAAACUUAUGUGACUUGCCAGAUGGACUUCUUACCAAUUGGAAAUUAUGAGGUGGUGAUGUUGAUAAAGCACAUCGGCUUUGCCCUCAAUGUCAGUGGAGGAAAGGGCAUCUAUUUCAACAUUGAACCCAAGCUGAAAGUAAUGAAGCCUUCUGUAGCUUCAGAGAUUGGGGGAUUUUGGGCCACUAUUGAAGGGACAAGUUUGGAAGAAGUAAAUCUGGUGUUAUUUGGGUCUCAACCUUGUCCCAUCAACAUCUCCUCCAGGAGCAUGGAAAGAAUCCAAUGCAAAGUCCCACCUUGGGGGAAUGGUAGUGGAAUGCUUGUGAAUGUGACCAUCAUCACCAGGAACCUGACAUUAACUUAUCCUAAGGCAUUCAAGUAUUCUCCUUCUUUAAAUCCAGUUAUCAUGUCCCUGAGCAGAAACAGAAGCAACACAGCAGGAGAUCAGACACUUUUCAUUGGAACUACAUCUCUGGUGAAUUAUACAGACUUGGAUGUGAAAGUUCAUAUUCAGGAUACUUUGGCUCAGGUCCUAAAACAAGAGCCUCAAGGUCUGGAGGUGACACUGCCCCCCUUGCCAACAGGGUGGCACAGCAUUUCAGUCACAAUGAAUGGUGUCAACAUCAGCUCAGAGGGAGUUGAUCUUCAAAUCCAAUAUAUUACCAAAGUCCUUUGGAGUGAACCUUGUUGUGGAUCCCUUUUGGGUGGAACUACUCUUACUAUCUCUGGAAUUGGCUUCAGCAAGGAUUCAUCUCUAGUUUCAGUAUCAGUGGGCAACCAGACCUGCAGCAUUGUGAACUCAACUGAAGAGACCAUCUGGUGUGAGACUUUAUCAGCUCCUCGCUUGCCUGGUACAGAGCCUCAAGCUGUCGUGCUUCCAAUAGAAGUCUCAAUUGGCAAUAUCUGUGCCCCCCAUGAUCCCUCAUUUGACUUGGGAAAGAAGGACUUUACCUUUAUAUACCACACAGCUUUAACUCCUUAUGUGACUGCCAUGCAAGGGCAAAUCAGAGGUGAUGUCCUGGAGCUAUACGUGGAAGGAAAUAACAUAUCUAAAUCAAUUGUCCUCUUGGGGGACAUGAAGUGUGACCUUGAGCUACAAUCCUUCAGUUUCAACAGAACUCAGUAUUUCUGUUCCUUACCGCUGGCAAAUGUGGAAGCUGGGAUUUAUCCCAUCCAGGUUUUUCAGAAGGAUAUGGGAUUUGCAAAUAUAUCUUCUAUACCCCACAGUUUCACAGUGUCCCCCCAGGUUACUGAUAUCUUUCCCACCUAUGGAUCAGUAUGUGGAGGGACAUUGCUAACUAUAAUGGGCUUGGCUUUCAAGUCCAGAAUGAAUUUAGUGCGGGUUGACCUCUCUGGCCCUCAUACUUGUGCCAUCUGGAAUUGGGAUGACCAAAUGAUCCUCUGCCAGGUUAGCCUUGUGGGGUACCUCCCUAAAGCAUCAUUUGCCCUGAAUGUCACAAUCACGGCUAAUGGGAUAAGCAGUGAAUGCCAAGGAAACUGUACAUUCUAUUUGCAGGAAGAGGCAACUCCCAUUAUAGACACAAUGACUACCAGCGUCAGUGGAACUUUGACUACCAUGUGGAUUGGUGGUCAGAAGUUAGCCACAGCCACUGAUGAGCUGGUGGUUUUGGUUGAUGACUAUCUUUCCUGUGAUAUAACCUACUUUAAUGCAACUCAGGUGGAAUGUCAGCUGAGUGAUUUGGGACCUGGUCUACAUCAUUUUUCACUUCUUAAUAAGAGAAGCGGCUUUGCUUGUCUACCCACCCUACCUUCCCAUUUCAGUGUUGCUCCUCGGGUGCUUGGGUAUCACCCUCAGAAUUUUGGUGUCAAUGGUGGAGGUCUCUUGACCAUCGAGGGCACAAUGCUGAGGGGACAGAACACAACUUUAGUCCUGGUAGGACACCAAGCCUGCCUCACUGUGAAUAUUAUUAGUUCUGUGCUCAUCCAGUGUAUUGUUCCCCCAGGCAAUGGGACAGUUGUUCUGGAAAUAGAAGUAAAUGAUAAGUUAUAUGAAGUGGGGAUGAUUGGUUACAGUGAUACCUUCACCCCAGAAUUACUUUCCAUUCUUCAAAUUGAUGGUUUGAUUGUAACCUUCAUUGUAAACCGAACCACUGGUGCUAAGAACAUGCAGAUUUUUAUUGGAGCAUCACCAUGUGGGGGCAUCUUGGGGAACCACACAGUCUUACAAUGCUCAGUUUCUCAGCUUCCUGCUGGAAAAUAUCAAGUCAAAGGUCAUGACCAUCUCAGAGGCUGGGCUUCAUCAACACUAGUGUUCACUUCUAAAGUAAUCAUUACAUCAAUCUAUAGUAACUUUGGCUGUCUAGAUGGAAGACUACUACAUGUUCAUGGAAGUGGUUUUUCUCCAGGGAACAUAUCUGCUACUGUCUGUGGUGUCCCCUGCAAAAUCUUGGACAAUGCUACGGUGACCAGCUUCAGCUGCCUUGUGCUACCACUAGAUGACUCCUUGGCUUUCCUGUGCAACCUAAGGCCCUUGGAGGAAAACUGUGAUGCUACCAAGGCUACCUAUAUCCAGUGUGAAUUGACUAUCACCAUGGGGACCACAAGUUUGUUAAGAUCUUGGUAUUACAUCUACAUGUGUGAAGAAAGUCCUUGGUGUACCUUUACUCUGGACCAUCAGAUAGACUCAUCCCUGAGAUUAUUCUCUGGAUUUUUCAUGAGCCCUAAAGUGGAAAGAGAUGAAGUUCUCAUCUAUAAUAGCUCCUGUAACAUUACCAUGGAAACUGAGGCAGAGAUGGAGUGUGAGGCACCUAAUCAGCCAAUUACCGCCAAGAUUACUGAGAUACGGAAAAACUGGGGCCAGAACACUCAGGACCACUUUCAUCUACAGAUCUGUCGUAGAUGGUCCAGAGCUUAUAGUUGGAUUCCCCAAAAUCGACCACAAGAUGGCGACAACGUCACAGUGGAGAGCGGUCAAACCCUGCUACUUGACAUCACUACUAGUGUUCUCAGUAUGCUGCAUAUUAAAGGUGGUAAGCUGAUGUUUACUGGCCCAGGACCCAUUGAGCUCCAUGCUCACUACAUCCUUGUGUCACAUGGUGGUGUGUUCCAGAUAGGAUCCCAGAAUGAACCUUACCAUGGCAAAGCUCUGAUUCUCCUUCAUGGGAAUUCUCCUUCCACCACCUUCUUUCCAUAUGGAGCCAAAUUUCUCGCUGUGCGGAAUGGGACACUGUCUCUGCAUGGCCUGAUGCCAGAGGUGAGUUUCACUUAUCUAAGGACUGCAGUUCAAGCCAAUGACACCAUGUUAGCCUUAGAGGACACUGUGGACUGGCUUCCUGGGGAAGAAGUCAUCAUUAGUGGAGUCACCCUGGAAGAUUCCCAAGAGCAAGAAGAAGUUGCUAUCAUAGACAGUGUGCAUGGUGCAGACCUCUAUCUUAGUUCACCUUUGAGAUAUUCUCAUGGCUUUCUAGAACAUAAUGUAACUGGAUAUCAUUUCACUUUGAGGGCUAUAGUGGCUCUACUCAGCAGGAACAUUGCCAUCAAAGGAAAUCACACCAGUGAGAGAGUGGCACACCUUGAUCUGUGUACUGAAGCCAAGAUUUCAGAAGAUGGUUUCCAGCACUGCUUGUAUUCAAGGAACAAAAAGAAUUUUGGAUCUGUUGAUAUGGGGGCUGUGGUUAUUAUGCAAUCCUUCCCAGGAGAACCCAGCCAGGUCCAACUACAAGGAGUCCACUUUCAGUACAUGGGACAAGCCUUUCAGAGACACUUAAGUGCACUAAAUGUGAUUGGAUCUAUGAAAGAUUCAUAUAUCCGGGGAUGUUCAUUGUGGGAUUCCUUCAGCAGGGGCCUUAGCCUGUCCAAGACCUCAAAUCUCAUUGUGGAGGAAAAUGUGUUCUAUAACAUUUUAGGCCAUGGACUACUAGUUGGGACUUACAUGGAAAUGAGACAUCUCCCUUGGAAGGCCGUCCCCAGAAGAAAAACUGACUUCUCAAGACAGGGGAAUAUAGUAAGAAGCAAUGUGGUAAUUGGAGUUUUGGGAACUGAAGGUCUUUCUAAUAUUGAGGUAUUGUCACCAGCUGGCAUCUACAUCCAAGAUCCAACAAAUGCUAUAGAGAGAAACAUGGUGUGUGCUGCUGGAUAUGGUUAUUUCUUUCAUCUUGCAACCAGUGAAACUUCGAAAGCUCCUCUUCUCUCCUUCACUCAGAAUAUAGCCCAUUCCUGCAAAAGGUAUGGUCUCCUGCUGUAUCCCAGUUUUGAACCUCCACGAGCAAAUGAUACUGGUCCCACUUUGUUCCAGAACUUCACAGUUUGGGGAAGCCAAGGUGGUGUUCAGAUUUUCAGAAGCAGCAAUCUUCAGCUUAAAAAUUUCCAUAUUUAUCCAUGCAAAGAUUUUGGGAUUGACAUCUUAGAAAGUGAUGCAAAGUCUUCAAUUACUGAUAGCUUAUUGCUUGGUCAUUAUGCUUUUAAGGUAAGUAUCUCAUGUAUGUCAGCCGGAUUAAAAACCCCUAAGAGACAGGAAUUGUUGGUGUCCAAAACGACCUUUGUGAAUUUUGAUAGAAACAACUGUUUUGCUAUAAGAACCUGCUCAAGCUGUUAUAGAGGGCAAGGUGGAUUUACUGUGAAGACUGAACAACUGAAGUUUCUAAACUCUCCUAACAGAGUAGCAUUCCCAUUUCCUCAUGCAGCUAUUGUGAAAGACCUGGAUGGUUCUAUUUCUGGGAAGAAGGAAAGUUACCUUCUUGCCUCUGUUGAAAAUCUUGCUUCAUCCUGUCAGGCCAACCAAAGCUUUGGUCAGAUUUUCAGGGGCAGUAUUUGUGGCCCAGAUGUAAUCUUUCAUCGCAUGUCUAUUGGACUUGCUGAAGCACCAGAUGUUGCUUAUGAUUUAACAUUGACUGACAGUAGAAAUCAGACGACCACUGUCAACUUUGUAAAGGACACGCUAUCAAACCUAUAUGGUUGGAUGGCUCUACUUUUGGAUCAAGACACCUACUUGCUGAGAUUUGAGGCUCCUUGGAUCAACACAAAUCUUCAGUAUUCAGCAACAUUUGAUAAUUUUACUUCUGGAAAUUACCUGCUGGUGGUGCACAAAGACUUGAAGCCACAUGCUGACAUCCUGUUGAUGUGUGGGACUAGAAUUGGCCAGUCCCUUUUAUCUCUUCCAUCUGUCACUCAUGACAAGGCCUGUGAUUGGUUCUUCAACAGUCAGUUGGGGGAGCUUACUUAUCUGGUUUCAGGUGAAGGCCAAGUUCAGCUUACCCUCUUGGUGAAGGAAGCAGUUAUUCCAACAACUCCAGUUCCAUCUGCUGUACCUGAAACCAUUUUAAAAUGGUCCCAUCCUACAACAUGGAAAGAUGUUGAAGAAGGCUGGGGUGGAUAUAAUCACACCACCCCAGCACCAGGUGAUGAUGUUGUGAUCUUACCCAACAAGACCAUCCUCGUAGACACCGAUCUCCCUUUUCUUAAAGGUCUCUACGUGCUGGGAACCCUAGAAUUUCCUGUGAACCGGAGCAACGUUUUAAAUGUAACUUGUAUUAUUGUUGCAGGUGGUGAGCUGAAAGUCGGUACUUUUUCUGAGCCCUUACAGAAAGGGCAAAAACUUUUGAUCCAGCUUCAAGUUUCUGAGGGAAUCUACUGUGAUCGUUUGGAUGGAAUUAAUGUUGCUUCAGGAACUAUUGGGGUUUAUGGAAAGGUGCAGCUUCAUAGUGCAUACCCCAGAAAAGCCUGGACACGUCUUGGAGCUGACAUUGCAUCAGGAAAUGAGAGGAUUCUAGUGGAGGAUGCAGUUGAUUGGAGACCAGAAGACAAGAUUGUACUGAGUUCUUCAUCUUAUGAACCUCAUGAAGCAGAAAUCCUCACUAUAAAGGAAGUUAUAGGUCAAAGUGUUAGAAUUCAUGAAUAUCUCAACCACCGACACCUUGGAAGUUCCCAUUCAAUAGAAGAUGGCAGGCACAUUUCUCUGGCUGCUGAAGUGGGCCUCCUGACUCGAAAUAUUAAAAUCCAGCCUGAUGUUCCAUGUGGUGGAAGAAUGGUCGUGGGGUCCUUUCAAAAGCCCAAUGGAGAAGAAUUUUCAGGUACUCUUCAGCUUUCAAAUGUGGAAAUCCAGAAUUUUGGAUCUUUGUUCUAUCCAUCUAUUGAAUUCAAUAAUGUAUCUUUAGGAUCUUGGAUCAUCUCUUCCACUGUGCACCAGAGCUGUGGAGGGGGUAUUUAUGUAUAUUCCAGCAAAAAAAUUUUCUUAUAUGAUAAUGUUUUGUUUGAUACUAUUGGCCAUGGUAUUGAUCUAGAAGGUCAAAAUCACACUCUCAUCAAGAACCUUGUUGUCCUGACAAAGCAGCCACAAAAAGCAAUGGACUGGGUAACAGGAAUCAAGUUGAACCAGGCCAAUGAUGUCAACCUUGUAGGGAAUGCUAUAGCAGGAUCAGAGAGAAUUGGCUUCCAUAUCAGGGGGCAUAAUUGUUCAAUGACUGAAAAUCUUUGGAUUGGAAAUGUGGUCCAUUCAAGCCUUCAUGGACUCCAUCUGUAUAAAGGAGAUGGAUUAUACAACUGUACUGGGAUCUCUGGGUUCCUUUCAUACAAGAACUUCGAUUAUGGGGCCAUGUUCCAUGUGAAAAGCAAUUUGGAGAUAGAUAACGUGACCCUGGUGGACAAUGUCAUUGGCCUUCUUCCAUUAGUAUAUGCAUCCUCUCCUGAACAGUGUGCCUUAGAAAAGAAACAGAUAAUUCUCAGGAAUUCAAUCAUCGUUGCCACAAGCUCUUCUUUUGACUGCAUAGAAGACAGAAUUAAACCUCUUUCUGCUGAACUCACAUCAAGAGAUCGAGCCCCACGUAAUCUCAGAGGGGGUCGGGUUGGCAUAUUGUGGCCUGGAUUCACUGGGGAACCAAACCAAUGGCCUCAAAAUGCAUGGCACAAAGUGAAGAAUUAUCCUUCUGUCUUAGGAAUUAUGAAGCUUGACGGAGUCACCUUUUCUGACUUUGUGAACAGCUGCUAUAGCAAUGACUUAGAUGUCUGUAUUCUGCCCAAUCCUGAUAGCACUGGCAUUAUGCCCCCAAUCACAGCUCAGAGGACAAAGAUGCUCAGGGUCAAAGAUCGGAACAAGUUCUACUUCUCUCUGCCUCAAUUCAGGAAGGAAACAGUGGAAAUGGUCUGUCCCAAAUUGGACUGUGAAGGUCCAAUAAAGUACCUUUUCAAAGACUUAGAUGGCAGUGCCCUCGAUCUGCCACCAACAAUUUCUGUUUUUCCAAAAUCCAAGUCAGAAAGUGUUGGAUCCUGCUUCAGCACAGGUAUAUAUAGAGAAGACCGAAAAUGUACCUAUAGACCAUGGAUGCAAGGCUAUGUCUGCAAACAGAUGGAUUAUGCAUUUCUAAUUCUUGACAGAAUUACCAUUGCUCCAGGGAUGAAAAAUCUAACUCCAGUGAUUUCAGUGACAAAUGGUUUUGUACAAACCUUCAAUAGUGUAGCUGCUUAUCCCUCCUGUUCUGCUUCUGUAUCUAUACCAGCUUUCUAUUCUGUUUUACCAACCAACUCAGUCACCAAAAUUUGCUUUGUGAAUUGGACUCCCCAAGCAAUGCGUUUUUAUCUUAGUGGGAGUGAAAAGUCCUCUAAAGUUCUGGCUAUAUUCUACCCUGAGCUUCAGAGUCCUCUGGUUUUCUUCCGUGGACAUUUUAUCCCACCUACUCCAGUUCUAUCAGACUCUUGGCAAGAGAGUGGGGCUGCUGGCACUAACCACUUCAGUUUCAUGGAAAAUCUGUUGUAUAUCCUUCUACGAGGGGAUGAGCCUGUUGAAGUGCAUUCUGUAGUUUCUAUUCAUGUAGCCUUCACAGUGACAUUAUCAAUCAUAAUGGAAGGCUGGGAACUAGCCAUUCAGCAAAGAUUGGCUCAUUUCUUACAGAUUGGCCGAGAAGAUAUAAGAAUUGUUCAUAUAAUACCAGGUGGUGAAUGGACCUUAAAAACCAUUGCAGAUGCUGUGACCAAAAGGAAACACCACUGCCCAACUGAGACCCUUUGCACUAGUUGCCAAAGCAUGGUUCAGCAUAGAAGGCUCAAAAGGAAGUUGAAACCAUGGAUCCCACCACCAACUGAUUCAGAAACCAAUUCAAAAGUGGUGGUCACUGAAAUUGGUGACCUAUCAGCUACAGGAAGUGUCAAAGUGACUCCAUCCUUAUCCAUUAACACAUUGCAAUGUUUGGCUCGCCUCAUUAUCACUGCUCAACAGACUGGGGAACUGCAGGAAGCCCUGGAUAUGCCAAUUGAGGCCCUGAUGAUCAGUCAGUCAGCUGGAGUAGUUAUUUCUGGAAAUUCAAGUGGUCUUGAAACUGGUGGUGUGGUAUAUAUACGACCAUAUACACUUUCGGUCCAAGUUCAGCCAUCCAAUGGAGAAGUGGGAAUAGAGCUUCCAGUGCAACCACACCUUGUCUUUCUGGAUAAACAGGGUUGGGUAGUAGACUCAUUAGGACCUCCUUCAGAACCUUGGAUUGUGACUGUUUCUCUGGAGGGAGCAUCAGAAACUGUAUUGAAAGGGCACACCCAAUCAGAAGCUCACCAUGGCCAAGUAAGCUUCUCCAAUCUGGCUGUCUCAAGCUCCGGGUCAAACUGGUACUUUCUUUUCACUGUGAUAUCCCCACCAGGUGCCAAAUUUACUGCUCGAUCUGGCCCAUUUACUGUGUUUCCUGUUAACAAGGGAGAAAAAUCUACCAUCCUUAUGACUCUUGUUUUGUGUUCAGCUGUUUCAUGGGUUGCUUUGUGCUUUCUGGUGUUUUGUUGGUUUAAGAAAAGAAAAAUUAAAAAAACAAAAACUGAAGAGACUUCUGAAGUUCAGGAAGAUGACAAAAAGAAAAUUCCUCAGAACAUAACUCAACAUCAUAUACAUCACAUGAGACAUCAAGGAAAACUGGAAGAGACUGAAAAAAAGGCCACCAUGACACAACAAUAUAUGAGACAAAAGAACACACCAGGCAAACUGAACCAUCUGCCUCAUCAACAGUCACUGAAUGAAUUAUCAAGACGAACAGCCCGGACUGGGCAAAGGCAAGGAGAAAUCAAGGAAGAAGGCACUUCCCAAAUAGAUGACAUUUCUCACCUUCCAUCUCAAGACCAUAUUCUCACUGUCAGUGCUCCUGCUCAUCAGGUAGCUAUCCAGGAAGUCAGAAAUUGGAAGGAUACUCAAGCACAGUUAGUUGGGUAUGAAAUAGCAGAACAAGAUCAAUUACUAGUGCUAUAUCCUGGCUUCCACCAAGAAGGUCAAAGGCUACAGGAGCAGAAACAUCUGGCAAAAAAAAAUGGUAACCUGGACUUCUGUUGGGAAAGGAAAACUUCUCAAGCAGUCAGAGACUUUUCACCCACAUUCAUUACAGCAGUCAUCUAUUCAGGAAUAAUUGUGAUCAAAUAGAAGCCUAACCAUUUGAGUAAAAAAUAAAAAUGUUGCAAAUUCUUCAGAUUU